GUUUUUUGCCUUCAAGGUGAAAAAUCCGAAAAGCGUCUACAUCAACCGCGGAAAUCACGAGGACGAACAGAUGAACGCACUGCAUGGGUUCGACCACGAGCUGGCCGAGCGAUACGGGUAUGAAGACGACGUUUUGGACACGAUGCGGCGGAAAUUCCUGCAGGCCUACCGUGCGUUGCCGCUGGCGACCGUGGUGGAAAACGCAGUUUUCGUGGUGCACGGCGGCUUGCCGAGGUGCGCCGAAACCGUGCGGAUGCGGCAUCUGGAAUGCGUACUUUUUUUCGCUGAAGAUGUUUAUUUGAAGUUGUAUUCGGUGAGUUGUAUAGAUAGUGCAACAGGAACAGUACUAGGCGGAUCAUUUCUCUUUACAGCAUCACUUAGAUGAAGAAGUAGAUUGUGAGCAGCUCCACCUCCCAUUCCAUGGUCUUGAUGUCUCACCUCUACGCAUACUCUCAUCUUCAGAUCGACUACCGCAAGGCCGUCCCUGCGUACCCGGAGGAGACGCCGGUAUGCACUGCAAAAGCAUCGUACUAGUAGAAAUCGCAAUACAAAUUUCCACAGCAUGAGAAAUGAAAUUUGUAAUGCUGAUUGACCUUAGGAAAAAGAUUUGUAAUGCAUAAGUGCAAUUACUACGAGUGCGAUACUUUUGCACAGGAUAGCCGGGCGACACGCACAAGUCUUUGUGGGACGAAUACGUUUCCUAUGACAGUGCACAACUCCCCCUCCGCCUCCCCCUCAUUUGUAUUGCAUGAACAGCAAUGGAAGGGCCUGCAAGAGUGCAGCUCUCGCAUGACAAAUUUUCACUGGAUUGCAGUGGUGUUUGGGCUGUCAGAAUCUGUGAUGCUAACUUUCCCAGGGGACAAAGAGUGGACUUGGUAUUUUGCAUGACAAACGAGGGGGAGGGGGAGUUGUGCGCUGUCAUAUCUCCAAACGAAUGCGGGAGGUGGAACCGACACAGGAAUGCUACGACGGGAUUUUUUCCGAUCUUCUCUGGUCGGACCCGCACAACGGCCUCGGUCCGCAGCGUUCGGAGCGGGGAAAAAAGUUGCUGAAGUUCGGCCGCUAUUCAUCGCAAAAGUAUCGUACUAGUACAACUCGCAUGGCAAAUUUGAUCAAGAAGAAAACUGAAAUUUGUAAUGCGAAUUUAGGUAGGAAACCAGAUUUGUCAUGCAUAACUGCGAUUACUACGAGUACGAUACUUUUGCACAGGAUAGCCGCGACCAGACCACCAAGUUCCUGAAAAACAACAAUCUCCGCCUGCUCCUCCGGUCGCACGAGUGUCCGGACCGCAAGGACGGCCGCAGCACGGGCCCCGGCCCCGGGUUUGAGCGUUUGCAGCAGGGUCUGUGCUACACCAUCUUUUCCGCAUCCAAUUACCGCGGGUCCGUGGGGAAUCGUGGAUCCGUCGCCUUUUUGCGGAAAAUCGUCGAAGAGCCCAGCCCGAGCCGCGGGGAUCGUCCGGACGCAUCGAUAGACGCGGACCUGGCAGGAGCUGCGCGGGCCAGCUUGUUGCACGGAACCGGUCACGGAGGAACUACUGGUGGACAACAUCUUCAACCCUCUUCGCCUCGAACAGCUGUAACACAAAUAGCGGGACUGCGCCAGGGCGGUGGUCAACAAUCCUCUCGCCGUGGUUCUACUUCCGAGCCGCCCUUCGUGGAUUCGGCGACGGGUCUGAUCAACUUGUUCGGGCUGCAGUACCCUCUAUGCGGAAGCAUGUCCGUGGCUAACUCAGAGAACAUAUGAACUGCAAAAGUAUCUUACUGGUAGUAAUUGCAACCGUGCAUCACAAAUUUAUUUCUUGAGGUAAAUACAUGCUGACCAAAUUUGUGAUGCAAUACAUACUAACUAGUACGAUACUUUUGCUUUUGCAAUGCAUAGAACAGCUCGUCCGCCAACGGCGAAAUAUCCGACGACGACAGCACCUGCGAUCGCGCGGGCGAGGUCAUGGGCAUCGAUAUCAUUUGUAAAAACGUUCCCACACCACCACCAGAGUCAAGAUGGGAAAUCUGCUAGACAAAUCAGCCAGCUUUGGUCGUUUGGCACGACAAAUUUUUCCUAGUAGUGUAAUCCUGUGUAGGUAGUUCAGCAGCAUCACAGACACAGAUCUCGUGCGUCAUGCUGGUUAUAGCAUCACAAAUUACAAGCACGGCUAGAAAAUGCCUCCUAUGGCGUUCAGCAUGACACACUUUUUUCGCAUGCAGAUUUGCAUGACAACUCUGGGUGGGGGACGUUUUUACUCAGGAUAAUCGAGGGCACGGAUUUGUCCUUCCAAGUCGCGGAGCACUACGCGCCGGAUUGGCCCACCUGCGUACAAAAUCUCCGAGAGCUGCUGUGCUUAGAAAAAGCGGCAAGAGGUGGAGGGGGC